UUGGUUGUGGCGAAGCCAUUGUUCAAUGGUGAUUCUGAGAUUGAUCAAUUGUUUAAAAUAUUUCGCAUUCUGUCUACACCUACACCCAAGGUAUGGCCAGGUAUAGAGAAAUUGCCCGAUUACAACAGUGCGUUUCCGAAAUGGACCGAGUUUUUGUUGCCGAAUCAUGUGCCGGGACUUGAUGAUGACGGGAUCGAUCUGAUCACGGUAAUCUUUCUGGAAACAUUUCAUUCAUGA